GGUGAGCAUCACCCCGAGAGAUAACACCGGGAGAGAGAGAGAACGAGCUCGGUCGCACGGAGCGGGAACGAGAGUGCCGCAGAAGUAAGUCGUCAGCGCGACGCGUAUAUACGGGCGCGCGCGCCGCGUAAACAAGACCGCGCGCGUGGUCUCUCCGAGGGGGUGUUGCCAGUGCGGACUGUCGCGAGUGCGUUUCCGAAGGAGAUGAGCGGGACCGACGAUCGAUGAAGUACGGGGAGGCACCGCCACGAUACUCGCGCCCCGUCCCGCCGUCGUCCUGCCGAAAGAUCGGCGUUAUGAGUCGCGAGAUCGCGCCGUGGCGCGACGUCGUGCAAGGUCGCACCAGCUGAGACUUUCAAAGUGCGGGACACGUCAAGGUCGGCGUUUCUCCGCGCGUGUCCUGCGCCGCCGGACGCCUGCAAUCGCCGCCGCGACGACGGAGACGAUCGCGACGACCGCGAUCACGAUCGCGAGGGGGAGGAGGAGGAGGUGGAGACGACCCGUAGUAGUAGCGCCGCGCGAGAGCGCCGGCCGAGGGACCGAGCGCGAUCGUGAUGGAGGUGCGCGCGAUGGAGUACCGUCCCGUGGUGCCCGCGGGGGUGAUGCCCGCUGGACUCCAUCAUCAGGAUUAUCACACCGCUUUGCCGGACCUCAGCCCGCCGAGGAGCCAAGGCUCUUCCACCGGCGGCGCCUCUUCGCUCGGCGACUACGCGCCGCGAAUGUACACGCCGCCCACGCCGCCCACGCCGCACGAGGACGAGAAGAUAUUCGGUAGCAAGGCGGACCUGCAGCUACACACACAAAUCCACAUGCGCGAGGCGAAGCCGUACAAGUGCACGCAGUGCUCGAAGGCGUUCGCCAACUCCUCGUACCUGUCUCAGCACACGAGGAUCCACCUGGGCAUUAAGCCGUACCGCUGUGAGAUCUGCCAGCGGAAGUUCACCCAGCUGAGCCACCUACAGCAGCACAUCCGCACACACACCGGCGACAAGCCGUACAAGUGCCGGCAUCCGGGCUGCACGAAGGCGUUCAGCCAAUUGAGCAACCUGCAGAGCCAUUCCCGGUGCCACCAAACCGACAAGCCGUACAAGUGUAACUCCUGCUACAAGUGCUUCUCCGACGAGCCGAGUCUGCUCGAGCACAUACCGAAGCACAAGGAGUCGAAGCACCUCAAGACGCACAUCUGCCAGUACUGCGGCAAGAGUUACACGCAGGAGACCUAUCUGGCGAAGCACAUGCAGAAGCACGCGGAGCGUACCGACAAGAGACCGCCGAUCAUCGGCACCGGCCUCAGGCCGUCGAUACACGCCAUGACCGCCCACCAUCAGGACCACUACUGGCCGAAGGUCAGCCCGGACUCGGUAAUCGGCGAGCUGCACGAGAGGCUGCCGCAUCACCACACGGAGUACCAUCAGAACCAGAAUCCGGAGAUGCUCCUGCCGGGGCACGGGCCGGGCCAUCGGGGCGAGUCGAUCGAGAACGACUCGAGGCAACAGACGCCGCAGCCCGGCGCGAACCACCACCCCAACAGCAGCUCGGCCUUCACGCCGAUCUCCUCCAUCUCGAUCAAUUCCAUCUCCUCCAUGCAACACCCUCUCAAUCCCCUCAACCACCUGCACUAUCCCGGCGGACACCAUCCCGCGUCACGGCCGUAUCUCUACGAGGCGUUCAACACGACGCAGAAGUCCUCGCCGACCUCCUCGUCGUCCGGCGUCACGCCCGGUACCACUGGCAACCAGAACGCCACGUCCUUCCCGAACCAGCUGAUCAGCCUCCACCAGAUCAGGAAUUACGCCCAUCAGCCGAAUCUCGGCAAUCUGGGCAACCUGGGUAAUCUGGGGAAUCUGAGUAAUCUUAGCAAUCUCAGUGCCACGAUGGAGAGUCACGCGCUGCUGGGUGGUCUCAAGGAGAAGCAGUAACUCCGGCCGGUCUUGGAGAUUAGCUUAAGAAAUUUCCCUCCCCCCUUUUCCUUUUUUUCUUUUGCUCUCCGUCAAGACACGACGCGAUUCACCGUUCUCACCUUCCUCCUCAUCGCUCCCCUCACUGUUCGAACCUCAUCUCGCUACCCUCUCCCUUGCCGUGAUCUCCUCUUACUUAUCAAUUUGUAUUAUUUUAUGCUUGAAAUUUGUUCUCCAGGACUUCAAUAAACUCUCUUCUACUCUUUAA